AUGACAACUAUUCUUGCAGGAAUGUGGUUAUGGACUCAAUACGACGCCCUACUCACGAGAAUGCGAAUGAAGGAGUACAACCAUCCGGCUCCCCUCGAAAAUCCAACAUUUCCAACUGAUAGCGUGAGCAUCCUGAUACUCACCAUCGACACACCUGGCGAAUUUACGGACACACUGCACUCCUGCCUUUCCAGCCAACCCAAGGAGAUUAUUGUUGUUACGAUCCCUCGUGAUCUUGCAAGAGUUGAAUCACUGGCCUCUCCUGUCCUUGAAAAAGCCGGGAAUGUGCCCAUCUCCAUUCUGACUGUUCCGAGGCCUGGCCGACGAACACAAAUGGCUCUUGCUGUGCGAGAAGCAACUGGUGAUAUACUGUGUUUUGUUGAUGACGAUACAGUAUGGCCAAGCAAUAAGGUGUUGCCGUAUCUCCUCGCGGGGUUUGAGAACCCAAAGGUCGGGGGCGUUGUCGAGCGACAAAACCCUGAUGCUCUCACACCUUGGGAAGUCGCAGCUAUCCGAAAGCUGUCAAGUAACAAUGAGAAACAGAUGCUUCUCCAUGCCAGUGGAGGCGGCAUAUGGUGCUUAGUAGGUAGGACCAUGUUGCUUCGAACUGCCGCUGUAAAGUUUGGUACAUUCCUAGACGAUUUGACGAACGAGAUCUUCGGCGGCGGGCUCCUCCAGACGGGUGAAGAUAGCUUCAUAACCCGUUGGCUUCGUCGGAAUGGGUGGGAGUUAUUCCAUCAAGACGCACGGGAGGCUGAAGUGUUCACCGAGGUCAAAUGCGACUCCACCUACGUUGGCCAACUUAUUCGUUGGCGACGCAAUGGGUUCCAGGCUUUUAUUAAUCAGCUCUUUAUUGAUCCCGGGUUUCGAAGGAUUUAUAGAAGGGAUGCUUAUUUUGCUCGGAAGCUUGCUGAGGAGUUUGGACGACCUCUCAUUACUCUUGUCCAUCUCAUUGGCUGGGGACUAGCCAUCAUGAACUCGCCCAGGAUCGCGUAA